ACGUGCAUUCAUUCGAGUGUGGCGUUUCAGUGACAAACAAACCAAACCCAGGGAGCGUGCUGUUUUCACUAACGCUGCACCCACAGAGAACAGGGGGUUCAUGAAGGGAGGUGCGCGCAUGCAUGCACGCACGCACGCACGUACGUAUGUGUGUGUGUGCAGAUAUUUGGAGCUCGUGGAGAUUUUCGAGGAAUUAAAAAGUGGGUUGCUGUUGAUGUAUGGAGCUGCUGGCACACGCUGAGGCUGGGCUAUGACUGUGACUGUCUGCAGCGCUGCAUGUGUUUUUUUCCCCGACAUGGAAUAGUUCUCCUCCUCGUUCAUCAAAGGAAUACCUGAUAAAGUCAUAUUUUCGCUCUCCAUGGUGCUUGAAGGCAGAGACAUGGACGGGAUCUUGAACACCAUGCAGAAGAAGGCUGCAGAGCUGGAGCGGCUGGCCGAGGUGCUCGUCACCGGAGAACAGCUGAGGCUUCGGCUCCAUGAGGGGAAGGUGAUCAAGGAUCGGCGGCACCACCUGCGAACUUACCCAAACUGCUUUGUGGCCAAGGAGCUCAUCGAUUGGCUGAUCGAACACAAGGAGGCCUCAGAUCGAGACACGGCUAUCAAGAUCAUGCAGAAGCUUUUAGACCAGAGCAUCAUUCACCAUGUGUGUGACGAGCACCGGGAGUUCAAAGACAUGAAGUUGUUUUACCGGUUCCGUAAGGACGACGGCACCUUCCCGUUGGACAGUGAAGCCAAGGUCUUCAUGAGGGGCCAGAGGAUAUACGAGAAGCUGAUGAACACAGAGAACAACCUCUUACAGACCAGAGAGGAGGAAGGUGGGACAUUCGAGCGGACGCUGGUGGCCUCCGAGUUCAUCGACUGGCUGCUACAGGAAGGGGAGAUGGCAACCAGGGAGGAGGCAGAGCAGCUGGGGCGGAGGCUUCUCGAGCAUGGCAUCAUUCAGCACGUCACCAACAAGCAUCACUUUGUUGAUGGGCCCCUCCUAUACCAGUUCAGGAUGAAUUUCCGGCGACGACGGCGGCUGAUUGAACUUCUUCACGAGCGUGGUCGCAGCAUCCCCGAGAGCCACGACAGCCCCUUCUGUCUCCGCAAGCAGAAUUCAGAUGGAGGCAACACCAGCUUCCUCUCAGUGAGUCCCACUAAAGAGAUAAAGGUGUUGGUCGGAGUUCGUCGGAGCAGCAUGAGCAGCAGCUGUGGGAGCAGCGGUUAUUACAGCAGCAGUCCAACACUCAGCAGCAGUCCACCUGUCCUCUGCAACCCCAAAUCUGUGCUGAAGAGACAAGUGAGUCCAGAGGAGCUGCAGACACCAGGAGGACCUUUUAUAAAGAAGACAUUCACUAUUGUAGGCGAUGCUGUGGGCUGGGGCUUCGUGGUGCGAGGCAGCAAACCCUGUCACAUCCAGGCUGUGGACCCCGGUGGACCUGCAGCUGCGGCUGGCAUGAAGGUGUGUCAGUUUGUUGUGUCGGUGAACGGGCUGAACGUCCUCUCCCACGACUACCGGACCGUCAGCAACCUGAUCCUAACUGGACCCAGGACAAUCGUCAUGGAAGUGAUGGAGGAGCUAUAAGUUCGAGAGGAGCAGUGUAAUAAUUAUGCAGCAGCAGCAGCAACAAGGUUUAACACUUGACCUCAAAAACCACACUGAUCGAGAACUGUAAGACAACUUGACACACUCUCACUGUUCCAACAUUGUUUGGAUAAGGUGGAUGACUGAGAAACAGUGUGUGCUCAAGAAUGUGGGUAUUCAAGUAGUAAAGUAAAUGAUUCAACCUGCAGAUAAAAGGGGAAGGUUGACCUAGUUUUUCUUUGAGUUUAAAGGCACAAGCACUACAGAUGGAAAGUGCAAGAGCCCCCCACUUGUACAGCUGGAUCACCAGCUGCUUCAUUGUGACUCUGAGUCUUAAUGAAGAGGUCCCAGACUUCAUGUGUGGAGUAAGAAAACCUGAAUUCCAUGUUUUUUUGCGUUUUGAAUCCAAACUGUAUCACGAAUCUGUUGCUGAACACAUCAGAGGAUGUGAGACGGAAGCUGGAGAUGAGAAAGUAAAAGCUGAAACUGCAACAAUGAGGAGGAAUAUUUCAUGUUGAUAGAUUCAGUGACCUCUCCCCCAGUUUGUUUCCAACUUUCGACUUAAGGUCCUGACAGCUCAACAGCUCACUCUGCUGGGAAGGACAGGAUAACACAGGGAGGGAGCGUAUUUAUAUUACAACUACAUACUGUAAAUCACAAGGUUUUGGUUUCAGGGUUUUUAAUUGUUUGUUGUUGGUUUUUUUCCCUGCCCGGGGAGCCACAAUGUUGAAUAGAAAAAAUACAAGUUUUUACCCUUCUCAUGUGAAAACCCACUGGCAAAUUAACAACUAUAGUGAUGGCCAGGUAGAUUUAUGUAUAGCUGCUAGGAAUUUGUUAGUGUACAUAAUAAAGGUGCAGCUAUGAACUGCACGUGACAUUAACAGGCACAAUGUACAUUUAAAAAGUUAUGAUGGAUUUAACGCACAAACAAACAGAAGAAGCCCUACUUAUGUUUACAGGAUGAAACCUCAUUAAUGUGCAAACUAAAACUGCUACAGCACUGAGAACAUCUUGGAGACUAUAUAAAUAAUUGUUUUUAAAAGGACUAAUUUCCCUUGAUUUCUUUAGUAUCUUUUAGUUUGUUGGGUUUUUUUUAAAGAUUAUACCUGAUAUGCAGACUUUUAUUUUCUAUAAUGACACAGAAGUCAUUAUACAUAAGAGCUUGUUUAAGAGACAAGAAAGAAUAAAUAUUAUAUGUCAUACUUACUGUUGACAUGUUCUCAGCUCUAAAAUACCUUUAGGAAAUCUUUUUAAGAAGUGUUACAUUUAUUGUGUAAAAAAUUAUGGAAUGAAUAUGUUCCACACCUGUGGCAAUGCCAAAUAAGCCCUAAACUAUAAUGUUAUGCCAGCCAGCUUUAUUGGAAAAAGUAGAAGUAGUAAACAGUGGAGUCUGUUGACUUUUUAAUACAGAUGUUGUAUCUACAGUAUACACUGCUGCUCAAAAGUUUUACAACACCCCAUUUUUUGUUUUAUGUUAUGUACAAAUGUUAAGUACUAAACUGCCCAUGGAAAAAAAGAAAAAAGAAAAAGAAAAGUUAAGAUCAUCAAAAACUGUAUGUAUGUAUGUACAUUUCAUAGAGAAGGGCCUUUUAAGGGAUUAAGAGAUUGGUUAACUCACAGCUUUCCUGCAGCAAAGGAAGCAAGUGAAGCCUUUUUGAUUACUUACACACCCAGACUGACUGGUUGGUCAGGGGUUCCUCCUACAACAAGAUAAUGACCCAAAAUAUUAGAAGAGAAGAACCAGACGGUUCAAGUGAUGGAGGACCAGCACCAGUCUCCAGACUCUAACUCUCUGUAACUGGUUUGGGAUGAACUGGACCAGAAGGAAAAAGCAAAGCAAUGAGUGUAUUCAGCUGUUGGAUGAGUCAAGACUUUAAAUUAAAUUGCAGAUUUAAGGUUCUCCCCUUUUUUAAUUUUUUAAAUUAUUUUUUGUUCUAGGCUUUAAUUUCAGAAACACUCUGACAUUAAGUGACAGCUGGAAAAAUGGAGGUGCUCUAAAACCUUUGACCAGUAGUGUAUAUUCUCUAAUGUUUGAAGAAUAAGGAGUAGAAUGACUACAUGAGCACUCAAACUAUUGAACAAUUGUUUUAAGUGACAAAAGCACUUAGGUGACAAAAGCUUUCUUUUUUGGAAUAACAUGUAAAGUAUUUAUAUGUGAAUAUUAAUUUGUGAAUAUACAAUCUAACAUCCCUAAUGAAACUUAUAAGAAAUAAUAAGAAAUAAUAACCCCCUGCUUGCUCCCAAAUCCUGUUCUUCUUCAUUAUCUGUCUUAGAUAAUGUGUUAGAUAAUCACCAGUAUGAUCACUCGAAGCAGAACAUUGUGCAGUAAAAUCUAAACAUGAUAAGGUUGGUAGGGUAAUGCUGAGGUAAUUGUGGCAGUUAUUUGAAAUAUGACGUCUGUGUGAUCUGUUUUUUAAUGACAACAUAUGUCAACCACACAUAGAUGGAAAAAACUUCAUUUGUGGUGAUCACAGACGUUAAUACAAUUAAUAGCAACUUGUCUUUCCAAAAUAAGAGCAUGUUGUAAAUAGUUUUCAGUGGAGCUGCUUUCUACUGUACAAAUAUCAAUACCCCCUCAGAAAACUGGUGACAGCGCAGUCUGUGGUUAAUCAGAUAUUUGAAAGAUCCUGUUGUUGAUUUUUCGUUAUUGCAUUUUUUUUUUCAGUUCUGUGAGCUCCACAAAUAAAACUUAAUUCACCUCUAAUCUAUUGGAGUGGCAGCAGAUCUGAUUAGCCGGAUAUAACUACAGGUGAAUGAGAAAUAAUUUUAUUUUCUUGGAGUUUGGUGGUAAUGAACCUUAAAAGACAACAGAGUCUAGAUCAAGAGUUAACUGAAAGUUCACUGGAUGAAAGCAGGUUUGAGGUUUAGGUAAAUGGAUUUGUACAUUAUUAUCCUCCAAAAUAACAUUCGAAUUAAAGCAACAUUAUGCAACUAGUUUACCUGAAAAUGACAGCUUCAAAAUCAUUUUGAUGUUACACUGAGUUGUAAUAGGGAGAAUGGUGUCUCUGUCAUUCCCACUCCAUGCCCCCAAUGCCCAUUCUUGCACUAUGUAACUUGGGUUGACUGGGUACAAAUCUCCCAUGAGAAGUACAUAACUGAGUGACAGUCAGCAGCUUAUACUGCCUGAAUUAGGUCCAGCAAGUUCUAGAGUAAUGCCACUGUAAAACAGUAACAAAAAAAAAAAAGAUGGAUAGAUAGAUAGAGGUGAUUAGAAACCAGCUUUCAUCUCUAAUAUCCAGCAAGGAAACUUUUAAAAUAUCAAGAUUUAUAAACCGAAUUUAAUGUGUUUGUUACAGCAACAGUACUUCCUGUUCCUAAUUACCACUUGUGGCUACAGAGGCCUGUGUUGCUCAGAAAAAGUUACAUAAUGUUGCUUUAACUGUGUGUUUAUAGACUAUGCCAUCAUGUCCUUAGGCAUACUAGCAUGAAAUAUUAUCAUAUUUGAAACUGUAUAAUAAUAAUUUAAAAAAAAAGAGGAGCAUGGACAAGUGAUGCUCAUAGUGCUCAUACAGUAUGUGUCUGUAAUCCUGAGUAAACACUUGUUUUCUACGAAACGACACUGCCUAGUUCACUGGAUAUGUACGUAGUUUAGUCUUGAAGAGAAAUUAUUUCUAAGAAAUUUUAACACAAAUGCAGAAAACUGAGCUUUUUUCUAUUCUAGGUGAACAUAUAUUCAGGAAGUCUUUAUUGCCAAACAAUAGGAUUUAAUCUGUUGCAUCAAACUGCCUCAAAACAUGUCCUGAUUGAGUUAUUCAGCAGACAUGUCAUUGGUGUUUCUUAGUGUGCGUAGGUGUUGUAAGCAGUGAAAUGCAUGAUUUCCUCAAAAUCUGUGCUUAUGUAGCAUUAGCUCCUAAUCCAAAGCACUUCUUCAGUCUGUUGACUCAUAGGAAUGCAUCAUCCGACAAAUCAUUUCAGAAGUAAAGUCGAUUUUGGCCUUCAAAAGUCUUUGUUUCCACGUUUUUGGCACCGCUGUCCCAUUUUUAGAAGAAAGAAAAGCCCCUAAACGCUAUAAAUAAAAAGUUAGAAUAAAACUGUUAUAGAAUAUUUUAGAGCAUCUCAGACAUUGAUGAUAUUCGCUGUUUUACUCUGCCAAACAUUCAUGACAUUUUGUCUCACUUGCUGAUCUCAAAACAGCUCGCAUGUGUUGUUGGAUGAUUCUGUUUUUAUUACUGUUUAUUACUGUUCGUGUGAAGUUGAUGGAUCUUUUGUUGGUAGGUUUUGCUGAAUUUGAGAAAGAGAUACUGUAUAAGGGACCCUAGAUACAGAGAUCUCAAUAUUCUGUGAUUACAUCUUACCCCAAACUGCAGACAUUAGUGAUUCUUCGAUCUAGGGUUUCAUUAGUCUACUGUAGAGAUGUCAUUAGACUUCUUCAGUUAAUCUCUACACUCAGCAUGGGUUCAAUUUUUCUUUAAUUAAAAACUCGCCUACCUGCAGUUUUCAACUCAGAAUUUGUUCUUUUUUUACUGUGUUUGAAAAAUGAUCUGGUUAAAGGGUUGUGAUUCUCAUAAAGGCGAUGGAAAGUAUUGCAGUAUUGGGGACAGAGAUUAUGGUCUCAGUGGGGUUUUGGGAAACUCUUUCACCACUGUCUCGAAAUGUGUCACGUGUAUUACUGUAAAGUCUUGAAGGAGCUCUGUGUGGUCGUGGUUGGCUGAAACGGGUUCACUGACUGUUCAACAAUAAGCCUGAAAGCAUUUGCCUUAAGUCCUUAUUUUGCUGCUAGUCACAGUUGGUGGUCAUCUUAGUCUCCUGUUCUGUUCCCAGCUCUGUUAUCUCUGACUUUGUGUAUUAAAAGUGCUCAUUGUAUCAGGUGAUUGUGCUUCAGUUCUAUUGACAAUCAGUGUUUUACGGACACCACCUUUAAAUAGCACAACAGUGGUUUCAAGAGCAGCAGUCUGGCAGAAUGUAUUUCACCACUGUCCUCUACAUUGUGCUGUUUUCUACUUCAACUUAAAUGAUUCAUUUUAACUAAAGGGAUUCUUUGCUUUAUGUUCACCUCAUGAGGCUGGAGUGAGACAUUUUCAGCAGGUACAGUUAUAGAUUUAUUUCUUUAUUUCUUUUUUCUUUCUCCGCUAUCAGAGAUUGAAUGUUGGGUUUGAAGACAAUAUAAGCUCACAGUACUACAGUCUGUUUUUGACAAAGCAGAUAGAAGCUCAUUCUGAUGUUCUUAUGUAUUAACACAGUUAAUCAAGUGUUUAAUAAACAAACUGAUCUGA